AUGACAUCAAAUUCUUUACUCCAAUUACAAAAUUAUUCAGACCAAUAUAUUCAACAAAACAAUGAAAGGACUAUUUGUGAGAAUGAAAAUUCUUACAAUAUUCAAAGCAAAAUGGCAAUACCACAUUUUAAAUCGGAUUUAAGGACUUUAGCUCAUUUCAAUGACAGUAAAACCAUGAAUUCUAAUGGUUAUCCUGUUGGUAACUAUGAAAAUCAAAGAUAUCACCUUCAUUCUAAUGAGUUACUAAACACUGAAAACGAGCCAGUUCGUUACAAUCCCGUAUCAAAUUGUUUUAUUGACACCUAUCAGUCUCCCUGUCCACCAUAUUCACUAUAUAAUAAGUAUGGAAAUAAUUCCACUGGAAAAUCAGAUCAUUACGUCAGGCCGGAAAUAGAAUUAAGUAAUAUAAAAAAUUUCUCAGCAGUCGAUUCUAGAAGUCAUCUGUCCAAUUGUAAUCAUGAACAAAAUGGAACAGUACAAAACAGUUCACCUUCAUCGAACUCUGAAGUUUUUGCAACAACAUUUCACUCACCAUUACUCGGUGUUGGUAAAGAAUAUGAUGAUAAUGAUAAUGUUAAUGAAGAUAUUGAUAAUUCUUUACAUAAUUCUGCUGAAUCCAAUUAUUCUUUGGAAGAAAAUGAAAUGAAUAAGAUGUAUUUGACUGAAAAUAUGACUUUAAGCAGAACAGUCAAUAUGAAUUCAUCUUUACACCAACAUGGAUAUAGAAAAGCUAUGGUGGAGUAUGAAGGAACAAAUGGAAAAGAUUCAAAGUUAUCAAUGAAUCAAAUUUUUCCUAAGACCAAUCAAGAAUGUGUAAAAUGUGGUGAACAAAUCUAUUCAAAUGGGCAACCAGAUGGUACAGGUCAUUACUUUUGUAGUCGAUGUAAUCAGCAAGACCAACAACAACCACUCAAAUUUGAAGGACAAGAAACAACAAAAAAUACGGAAGAGUACGAAGAUGGUGAUGAUGACAAUGAAGAUGACGAUGAUGAUGAAGAUGAAGAUGAUGACGAAGAAGAGGAUAGAGUUACAGAUCCUGCUAAAAUAUUUCUAACUAAUUGGCCAUCUGUUUCGACGGCUAUAAACUGCACAGAAAAUAAUCAGAUAUCUAAGUUAUCCAUGGAAGAUGAAAUAAAACCAUAUGCAACAUCAAACAGAACCAGUUGCUGUGAUGUAAAAACCAAUAAUUCAAUUAAUUAUGGAGUGAAUAAUGAUACUUAUGGAAAUAAAUUAAAUUCAUAUGAACCAGUUAGUGAAUCUUCAAAGAACGUCAUCAAUGAUCAUGCAUUUUUAUCCAAUACGCCCUUUUCUUAUUCACCAUUGUCAUGUAGACGUGCCUUCCGUAGUGGUAUUGAAAAAACUGUUACGAACAGGAAGUCACAAACUAACAGAAGAAUUGGAUUGAUUUGUUCGAAUUGUGAAACUACCAAGACCACAUUAUGGAGGCGUAAUCUUGAUGGAGAACCUGUGUGCAACGCUUGUGGGCUAUAUCAGAAAUUGCAUGGUAGAACGCGUCCAACAUCAAUGCGAAAAGAUGCAAUCCAGACAAGGAAAAGAAAGUCGAAGAAAAGGAAAGAUUAUAGCUUGACAGUCGCUGUCGCAGCAGCUGCCGCAGCUGCUGCAGCAUCAGUAGUAUCUGUAACUGCAUCAUCAAUCUCUUCAACACCUGUAGUGCCCACAUUAACAAACCCUUUUUAUUGGAGACCUUGUUCAACAACUGAAUUAUGUCAGUCAAAUAAAAUGUCGGUUUUUCAUCCAGGUCUAUUCCAUUCAAACUCAACUAAUUCACACUUAUUACCAAUGCCUGGAUCAUUUUCACGAUUUCUUCCAGAACAAUUGCCGAUGUUGCGAAAUAAAAAUUUCGAAGAUUCAGCAUGUUCUCCUACGUCUGAUAACUAUGAUAAAUCAUUCAGUCAGUAUGAAAUGACAAAUAACAACAAAAGUGUGGUUGAAAGAACAUCGGCCUACACUACAAAUUUUUUAAAUUCAGAGUCAGACAAUUAUGCUGAUCAUCAGAAGCCAAUGUUAAAUUGCCAAAAUUAUCAAGCUGAAUUAACUUAUCAGUUACAAAAGCAUUUCUCACUACAAUCCAAUCAACUAAACAUUCAUUCAGGUACAUACUUGAAUAAUGAUAAUUUAUGUUUACCUUCAUCUGUGAACUAUCAACAAAUUCAUCGACAAGAACUUCAUCCAUCAUUCCCAUCCUUUUCACCAUCAUCAAUAUCGUCAAAUCAUCGACAAUGUGAUUAUCCUACUUAUCAAGAAAAUGAACGAUAUAGUCAUCAUCCUCAUUAUAACGGACCAUUGAUGAGCAUACAGAAUAGUUUAUUAUUAAAUUCUUUAGAUUUAAAUGAAAAAAAUUCUCAUGUAGUAAAUGAACAUCAUGCCAAUCCACUGACAACUUUAAAUAAUGACAAAAGCAAUAAACUAAGUGCAUACAGUAUAUUAUCACCUUAUAGGCAACGACACUCGUAUCAUUCAGAACAGCUCCAACAACAACCAAAUAUCUUUAUUCGGUCGUCAGAAAGAAAUCAUAAACCACUAUCAUACUUUCCGAUACAAUACACGGAUGAUAAAAUGCUUUGGAAUAUAUCAUCGUCAUCAUCCAACAAUGAUAAUCGAGAAAGUUUAAAUCCCACCAAAAAUAUGCACCUAUUGAAACAACAGCAACAAGAGGAAACUUAUGAGUCAAACCGAUCAUUAGAUAAUUAUUUGGAUCAAAUAUAA